AUGUCCUCGCCCGGUGAUGAAAACGGAGUGGAAUCCGUCUUGCCAAGCGAGCCGACCGAAUUCGAGACUGAUUCCGACCGCGAAUCUGAUCCUGAUCUUGAUUCUGACGCCGAUUCGAACUUUGGACUCGCUGGCCGUAACGAGUGGGCCCAUUCAUACACGAUGUGCCGCCCAACCUGCGGUCUGUGUCGGUUCGAAUUUGUUGAGGGGGAAGAGUUUGUUGUUUAUAAACCGACUAGUCAACUCUAUCCUCGUAUCUGGUACGGGAAAUACGACCCCUUCUCUCCGAGCCAGCUUGCGAUAGAGUAUGGAUAUCAUCCAGACUGCGUUACACUUAUCCAGCCCAGAAAAUUGACUAAUCACUGGCAUUACCAUCUUUUCCAUGUCACCGCCGGCAAUCGUGAUUCUUUGAGCCUCCUUCGUCUUGGGCUAAGCGUCGAACGCAAUGGAUCAAACAAACAAUCGCCACAGACCUCAGACAAGCUCUCGGUGGUCGUCUCCCGCAAGAGAUAUACCAACACAUCGCGAGCUUCUGUCUUCGCGAACGCGCAUGCCAACUUCUCAAAGAUCUUUGGUUGGGUCACAGCCGCCCUAAUACUCUUAUCCAAACUUCAUACAUUGGAAGGUAUACUUCUGUUUGGGCGCAAUACCUUGGUUUUCAAAGCUAGGUUCAAGAAGAGGAGCGAUACUAACAGGCCCGAGAAAUUUCUGCAUAUCUAUUACAGUCAAGAUCAUGUAGGAAUACGCGGCAUCAGUAUCACAGAGGAUGAGGAGAUACCCCCUCUGAGGAUGGAAUUGGGGCUCUCCUGGGCUGUGCAUCGUCAUCAAAAGACCCCGUUUCGUUUCACACUGCGAGAUGAUCACAUUAAGCUACGCAAAUUGUCAAUCCAUCAUACUAUCAAACCCGACUUCACGUACCAGACAAGAAAUUGGGGAGUUCUUCCAGAGAACUUUGGCUCAUUCCCCCGAAUUCCUCUGGCAACGAAAUCUCCCUCCAUUGAUCGCCUGUACUUCGAGUCUGUUCGUGCUGUAGACUGGAACUCUCCCGGUUUAUGCGGUUACUCCUUCUACGUGGACCGACACCUGAUACGCGGCAUCAUUUCGCACAAACUUGGAGAAAAAGAGCCACAGAAACGGGAUGAGUACGGCAUAACCGACGAUUUAUGGUUUCACAUGCCAAUUGACCCCGAUGAACGAGUCUCUGAGCUCUGGCUUCGCAGAGGACAAUGUGAGGCUUUUAGUUUAGAAAUUUCAGCAGAAUUCGAGACACUCAUUGUUCGAACAACAAAGGGGCGCAGCUUUACUACUGGUGUAGACUCCGCUUGCCGCUUUCCCCCAGACGAAGGUCGCAAAUUCUGGUACAAGGCGAUUGCAAUCUUCCCGCCAGAAGGACCUUCUCGCAUGUUCUAUUGCAGAGCCAAGCAUUUGUGGACCUACUUUGCUUUCGAGCACACACCUCAGCUCAGUAACAAGGGUAAUCCUCAAGGAGUGGCUUCGUGGGGUAACUUUGAGAUAGAACACUCACUCCCCCCUUCUUUCAACCCGUUUGCUAGCUAUUUCAGCUUUGCCGUCUCAUCAGCAAGUCUGAACGAUGUCAGAACGAUCACCCCUUGCCGGGCGUGGUCGGAACUAUUCCGUAACGACGUCGUCGGGCUCUUGUUUACAUACGGCGAUGGCCGCCGGAGAUGCGUUGGGCUAGUGCGUCUCGAUUUUCUUGAUCCUCCCUUGGCGGUUCACUCGGACAGCUUCUGGCUUGGCUGUACGUACAAGGAUACACCAGUUGACGAGUGCACACCAUGGCAUAAUAGUGUCACCAAGCUUUGUCUGUCUGAGCCAGUGCAAAACAAGGAUAUAGAGUACGUCAAAGUCCCGCUUAAGGGAAGACUCGAGUGGGCAGUUACACCUGACGGUAGUGCUGUUCGACAUGUUGAGAAAGGGGAGCCGUCGGAUGAAGUCGGCCAAGUCAUGGCUGGUCGGAAGGAAGUUUUGGACUAUGCAAGCCCAGGGAUCAAAACCUUCGCUGUGCCGAUUCGUGUCAUGGAAACAAACCAUUUCUUGAUUGAUCUUAGGGACGAUGUGGAUUGA